UACAGAGCUCUAAUGGAGGCAAGCAGCAGAGUGAUGGUGCAGGUGUUGUUGUUGGCGUUGGUGGUUCAGGUCACCCUGUCCCAGCACUGGUCCUAUGGAUGGCUACCAGGUGGAAAGAGAAGUGUGGGAGAGCUGGAGGCAACCAUCAGGAUGAUGGGUACAGGAGGAGUGGUGUCUCUUCCUGAAGAGCCGAGUGCCCAGACCCAAGAGAGACUUAGACCAUACAAUGUAAUCAAUAAUGAUUACAGUCAUUUUGAGCGAAAGAGAGGGUUGCCUAAUAACUGAGGAGAAACGCGGACUGUCUUUGCAUCAUCAUCAUCAUCAUCAUCAUCACCAGUGAUGGACCGUCUGAGAGAAAACUUCAACACAUCAUCACAUUUAUCACACAGGUGUCAACAACAUGUGUGUCUGUAACAUUUAAACCCAUUAAAAAUUGUAAUAAAGUUUUUGAAAUCUGA